GAAAGCGCGGAAUGGGGAAACAUUACUAUGCUGCAGGGAGAGCUUUCUAUAUGGCCCAGGCCUGAGAGUCCCCCUCAUGGGCCUUCAGCCGAACACUGAGAUGAGAGGCGAGCGAAGGUCCCCGGGAAGGGGGGCUUUUGUUAGCCAGAGUCCAUGACGUUGCCAAGCAGGACAAAGUCGGAAUUCCGCUCGCUUUCAAGCCGAAUCACAGCAGAGCGAAGCGAAGUCUCAAUCAAAAUGGAGAGGACCACGUUGAGAUGCUUUUAUAUAGUCUGCAUGUUCUGCACAGCUCUCGCAGGUGACAGUUGCUCGCUCGAGCUGAGGCCUGCUAGGGUUGUGGUGGCCUUUGGGGAACCCGUGACGGUCAACUGCGUGGCCUCCCGGCCGGUCCGUGUGCUAGGCUGGGAGUCAGCUGUGGGCGCCACGCACACGCAGAAUGACCUGACUGCCCAGUGGAAAGUGGACAGUCUGAUCGACUGGAUUGAAGAGCCAAUCUGCUACGGAGUAUUUUUCACAGCGCCCAGGCAGUGUGAGGAGAAACUAAAUCUCGUCCUUUACAAAACCCCAGACAGCGUGUCCAUCAGCCUUAAUCACACAGGCACCAUGGUGGAGGGGAAGGAAUACCAGCUGCUGUGUGAGGUGCAGAACAUAGCACCUGUGCAGUACCUCACAUUGAGGUGGUACAGAGGUCAGACCGAGGUGUACAACCACUCAUUCUCCGACCUGACGCCGACCACGCCGGUCCAAGUGUCCUCCUCGCUGCUCAUCACUCCGACCGUGGCAGACCACGGGGUCCAGUACAAGUGUGCAGCCGAGCUGGACCUGGGCAUCGACGGUCCCCGACCUCCACCCCGAGUUGCUUCAAAGCCUCUUGAUAUCACUGUGCAUUUCUCUCCUUCCUUCUCCCAGCCUGAGGACGAGACCCUGGAGCUGAGCAAAGGGGAGGAGGCCUCGCUGAACUGCACGGCCGUGGGGAGCCCCGCGCCCUCCUACACCUGGACCACCGCCGCGCUCUCCCUGGAGAAGAUGGAGGACCAGCCCGUGCUGAUCUCCACCGCCCUGCGGCCCGGGACCUACACGUGCACCGCCUCCAACAUACUGGGCAAGAGGAGCAAGCAGUUCAUCAUCAAGCCCAGACCCUAGGCCUGACGCUGAGGGAGGAUGUACAGGAUAUUAUAUAUACGCGACGCCGUUAUAUGCUCAUGCCAGCUCCAUGGUUUCAACUAGCCUGAUUUGUUGUGUUACCUCUACUCAGGUGAGCAAUGUGAGAGGUCAUUGUGAAUGUCCAAGGGAAGCCAGUGCCCAUAAAGAGUCAUUAGAACUGAAAGCUGAUCACUGAAUAUACUGGAUUCUUUGUUGGCUGACUUUUUUUUGUCAGUUUCACACAGCUACAAGUUGUGCCAGGCGAUUACUACUGCCUGUGGUGUGGAAUUUAGGUCUGGAUCAUUUUGUAGCAUAUUGUUUUAAAUAGCUCUUUACAUUUUUUAUAGAUGAAAUGUUUUGUUAUUUUAGAUGUGAUGACCUCAUAGCUGUGUGUCAGUCUGAUAAUGAGUUGACACAUCGGAUGUCUCUCUCAGAGAAUGUUUAAGCUAGUAUUGUUUCAGAUUUUUCUGAGUGGUAUUUUGUUUUUUUUUCUAAACAAAUUAUUGUAUAUUCUGACUAAUAUUUAUAUGUUACUUAGAGCUUUCUUAUUUGAUUCAACAUAGUACAACUUGCUAUUUGUUUUAUGUCUUACCUAAUACUAAUACAAUUGCAAGUGUAAAACACUUUGUUGUUCUAUUGAUUUUUGAGCUGCUCUGAAAAUUUUUAACAUAUUUAUCAUGCCCUUCACUCCCAUCACAUCUCUUAUGUCAAGAAUAUCUUCUGCACUGCACAUUCUUCAUAUAUUCCUGUAAACAAUAUGUUGAAAUAAAGUGUCAAAAAGAUUAUUGCA